UUUCGUUCUACUUGAUUUUUAUGCUUGCGAAUUCGUGAUUGUUGAACUGUUCAAAUAUUUCCUGUAAUAAUUAUUAUAUCAUUAUUAUUGGUAUUAUUUAUUUAAGUUGUCAUCAUAGUCCCGUACGCGGUUCGAUCCUCGAUCAUGUCGUCGAACCUCCCGCUAACGGUUGAAAAACUUUUGACGGCGUUGGACUGCAUGUUGGUCGAUGGUUUUGAUAUACAAGAUAAAACGUUGCUGGAAAAACUUUUGACAAGCUUGCAGGUCGCUGAUGAUUUGCUGAAAACAGUACCGAUCAACACUCACUGUAAAUGGUUUGCCAGCGUUUUAAAUUUGUAUCGGAAUCGAACUCCAGUGUCUAGAAAUGCUUUGAUACAUCUGUACGCUUUUUCCCUUAAAUACUUGGCCAUAUUGGUGAAAAAUGCCGAUGGCUUGGUCGCACUCAUCGAGACUGGUACUCUCCAAUCAAUGAUUAAUCAGCUAGACGUUGGAUCUGAUCUCAAAGAGUCUUCAAUUUUUAAUGCCUACAUGUCGUUGUUGCAAACAUUGAAUACUCAUAAACAAGGUCUUGAAUAUGUUUUCCAAGAAGGUUUAUGGAAAAUGAUACUUUUUGCUAUUCGUGGAUUAAUUGUACCAGCAAAAUAUGUUGAAAUUCAAUCUAGUCAAUAUAUUGCCGAUUUAAUUUAUAAAUCAUUUGAUUAUGAAAUGGCACAUUAUUGUGAACCUCUUCUUAAAGAGUUAUUUUACAGCUUAAAUAAAACUGAUGAUCUAAUUGCCAACCAUCAAGACAUAAAACAUUUUUUUGCCUAUAAUGUUAAUGUGAAAACGUUAAUUUUAUCUUUAGAAAAAUUCAUUGGAACUAAAUAUGAAUCCGAUGUUGUCCAAAACAUAAUUAAUAAAUUUUCUUUAUCAGAUGUAUUAGUGAAUAUUCAAAGAUUAUUAAAUGUGAAUUCAUUGCUAUUAAAAAACUAUAUGACAUUACAUUUGAUAUUUGAUUGUCUUACUGUUUGGCAUCAUUCUGACUUGGAAUAUGUAUUAAAAUUGAUUUUUUCCCAUAUGAAUAUGCCAAAAAACAUACAUUCAUAUAAACAAAUUAACAACUUAUAUACACAAGCAAUAAGAUAUGCAAACAUUAGUAAUGCACAAUUGGGAACUAACACAAUAUUUGAAAAGGAAUUAAUUAUCGGCCAGUUGAUACCAUUAAAUAAAUGCACUGAUUGGCUUCAGUGUUCUAAGUAUGAAAAGUUAAAAUAUGAUAGAAGUUGUAUAAUUGAAUCCAAAUAUAUUUUAAAUUAUUGCAAUAAUUAUGAUUGUAUGUUAAAUGAAGUGGCUAUUUCUUCUGUACUCAACAUUGUAGACAUUGUUCAUAUACUCAAACAGGUGUCAUUGGAUUAUUUAAUCAUUUUUUUUUCAACAUUAACUGAACAGUUUUUGAACUCUGAUAAUUGGUUAGAAGAGAAUCAAGAUCAAAAUUCAAUUUAUAACAAAUUUUUAGAAAUAUUAUCAUGCAUAUUUAUAUGUUGGGCAAAAGUAAUAGAGUGUAAAUUAUUUACUGAAAUUACCACACAAAAUAUAUUAUUUGUGCCACUUGUACAGAGCCAUAAUCAGUUUUUUCAUAAAUCUUGUCAUAAUUCUACUCUCUUGCAGAAUGGUUUAAAAUUAAUUAGUACUGCAUUAAAUAAAAUGAGCAAAGGAAAUGUACUAUGUACAGAUAAUUUGGCAGAUUUUAGUACACUGUGUACUACACUUAAUAAUUUAUUAUUGGAUACCAGACCAGAAAUCCGUGAUAGUUGUUUACAGUGUAUUAGAAGCUUAGUAAAUGCUUCUAAGCACAGUUCUGGGAAUUGUUUUAUCAAACUCAUCUUGGAAAAAAAUAUGUCAAUAACUGUUAUAAAUACUCUUAAACAUGACAGUGAUCCAUUUGUAAGAUCUAAAGCUCUUGAAUGUUUAGAAGAAAUGGUUUCUGUGUCAGACAUUUGGGAAAUGUCUUUAAAAGAUUCAGAUUUACUAACACAUUGUUUAAACUUAAUGCAAUGUGAAUCUGAAGGUAUCAUUAGACGACAAAUAGUAAAACUCAUCACUGCAUUGUUUGUGUAUAAUGAGCUCAGUGAUAAUCUAUUUAAUGAAAUAUGCAUUGUAAUGGUACAUGUAAGUAUCAAAGAUCCACUCUGGGAAGUAAAAACAUUUACUUAUGAUUUUUGGGAUUCUGUUAUUCAUAAAAUUGUCAAAGAAUCUUGUAAAAAAAAUAACUCUGAAAAACUAAAUGACAAUCUUGUCAAAUUAAGUGCAACAGGCUGCUUACAUGUUCUUUAUAUUGCAUUGAAAGAAGAAUAUGAUUUGGUAGUACAAAAAAAAGCAAUAAAUGUAACAAAAAAAUUGCUUACUUAUAUAAGUUCUACUCAUAGUAUAUAUGGCUUAAAUUCGAAAUUAAAACUUGAACCCGAAAAUUGCCUGCAUAAUAUUAUUGAUGGAAGCGUAGAUAAUAGUUUUGAUUCCAAGCAAAAAAAACCCAGACAAAUUGAUUCAUCUAAUAGGAUUUUAAAUUCUAUUACUACAAUUAGUGACUGUGAAUUAUUGCCAAAUUUAAAGUCAUUUAACCUUAGUAGUAUUUAUCCAAAUGAUAUUUGUCUUCAUCAGAAAACUGAUGAUUAUUUAAAGAUAAAUGAUUUUUGUAAUUUUACUUGUCAUUAUGAUUUUAAUGAAUGUGAUGCUAAGACACAAUGGGUUAUAUCAACAAGGUCAGGUUUAGAUUCAAUGUUGGAUGACAUAAUUGGUCAAUCACAAAAUUGCUUCAUUGAAGGAGCUGAUCUUUUAGAUUGUCAAUAAUUAUGUUUUAUCUCAUAUUGCUUUAAACUAGAGUUGGGCUAGUACUCAAAAGCUAUCUAGUACUUGAUAAGGGGAUAAGUAUUCGAAAAUAAGCGAGUACUUGAAAAUUGUAAUACAAGUAGUUGAGUCAAGUACUUGAACUCGAUUUAAAAUUAUUUUCAGUCGAGUAUUCGUCCAACUCUACUGUAAACCUAUUAUACUAUUAUAUUAUUGCAGAUUCUGGUUUAGGAUGUAAUCAUUAUUAUGAUUGUGUUUUUAAUUUUUGUUUCCUA